AGGCGGAGCCUUCUGCCGAGGGUCGUUCGGAAGAAGGCGGGGCCUACCUCGCAUCAGGACCAGUCUGGCUGCACCUGCAUCCUUAGCUCAGAGCAUCCCUGGAGCAUCUUAAGAGGCGACCGCAGCUGGCAACCAGGGGCCAGACCGUCGCAGGAGGCGUCCGCCAGAUACCUUCCCCCUCCCCUGACCUAGCGCUCUGCAGCGGCGGCCUAGGUACUGACCGGAGGUUCCCAGAGUUGCCUGACCAUUGCAAACGCGUUAAUAGCAAUAGCCUCCGAUUACGACAUGGCUGAGAUCACCAAUAUCCGACCUAGCUUUGAUGUGUCACCAGUGGUAGCCGGCCUCAUCGGGGCCUCAGUGCUGGUGGUGUGUGUCUCCGUGACCGUCUUUGUCUGGACAUGCUGCCAUCAGCAGGCAGAGAAGAAGCACAAGACCCCACCGUACAAGUUUAUUCACAUGCUCAAAGGCAUCAGCAUAUACCCAGAGACCCUGAGCAACAAGAAGAAAAUCAUCAAAGUGCGGAGAGACAAAGAUGGCCCUGGGAGGGAAGGUGGACGUGGGAACCUGUUGGUGGACGCAGCAGAGGCUGGCCUGCUGGGCCAAGACAAGGGUCCUGGGGGCCCUAGCCCUGGAUCUUGUAUAGACCAAUUACCCAUCAAAGUGGACUAUGGGGAAGAACUGAGGAGCCCCAUUGCGAGCCUGACUCCCGGGGAGAGCAAAACCACUUCUCCAUCCUCUCCAGAGGAGGAUGUCAUGCUAGGAUCCCUCACCUUCUCAGUGGACUAUAACUUCCCGAAAAAAGCCCUGGUGGUGACAAUCCAAGAGGCCCAUGGGCUGCCGGUGAUGGAUGACCAGACCCAGGGCUCUGACCCCUACAUCAAAAUGACCAUCCUUCCCGACAAGCGGCAUCGGGUGAAGACCAGAGUGCUGCGCAAGACCCUGGACCCUGUGUUUGACGAGACCUUCACCUUCUACGGCAUCCCCUACAGCCAGCUGCAGGACCUGGUACUGCACUUCCUCGUCCUCAGCUUUGACCGCUUCUCCCGGGAUGACGUCAUUGGGGAGGUCAUGGUGCCGUUGGCUGGAGUAGACCCCAGCACGGGCAAGGUCCAGCUGACCAGGGACAUCAUCAAAAGGAACAUCCAGAAGUGCAUUAGCAGAGGGGAGCUCCAGGUGUCCCUGUCAUAUCAGCCUGUGGCACAAAGAAUGACAGUGGUGGUCCUUAAAGCCAGACACUUGCCGAAGAUGGAUAUCACCGGUCUCUCAGGUAAUCCUUAUGUCAAGGUGAACGUCUACUACGGCAGAAAGCGCAUUGCCAAGAAGAAAACCCACGUGAAGAAGUGCACUUUGAACCCAGUCUUCAACGAGUCUUUCAUCUACGACAUCCCCACCGACCUCCUGCCCGACAUCAGCAUCGAGUUCCUCGUCAUCGACUUCGAUCGCACCACCAAGAAUGAGGUGGUGGGGAGGCUGAUCCUGGGCGCGCACAGUGUCACAGCCAGCGGGGCUGAACACUGGAGAGAGGUCUGCGAGAGUCCCCGCAAGCCUGUGGCCAAGUGGCACAGUCUGAGCGAGUACUAAUCCUCUUCUCCUCGCCUCUAACCUCCCUCCCCCGCCCCCGCCCAACCCCUCCCCAGGGCUGGGCUGGGCAGGGGGACGUGGCGAGGGAGAGAGGUGCCCGAGAGAAGCGGACUCAAAACCUCCCUUUAGUUGUAGAAGAAAAUUUCUUACAAAACAACCACCACAAAGAACGCCCCACAUGACCACAGCUGCAGAUCAGUUCUUAGCGAUGCUGAUUUUUCUCCUUUGCAAGGCACUAGAAAAAUCCUUUUUUUUUUUUUUCGAAUGGGGAAAAAAAAAAGAGAGAGGGAAAGACCUCUACGAGUCUAUAUAUAACAAUGUAACCUUAUACUUGCAUGUCUAAUACAAACUGAAGAAAUUAGCCUAACUGCCAAUACCAAGGUACAGAUUUUAAUCCAUGAAAAUUGUGUUUUGUGCCGAAUCGUAUUUGCUGAUUACCUGAAAUUGGUCUCUUUUUAUCGGGCUUCUCUGGAGAGUUCUUUUCACUCCCCACCUUUGCGGAAGAAUAUUUUGCUCUUGUAAAACCUCAUGUUUUUCAUCAUCCCCAUCUUUUCUCCCUGUGACCUCUUGCAUCUCUGCUCUUUAAAGCUCGAGGUCCCGAGGUCUGGAGUAAGCCAAGAAACAGAGGUGGCAGGCAUGGACAAGGCAGGAUGUGCAGAAGAAAGACUGAGAAAUCGGCUGUGUUUGCUGCUGUCCGUGCUCCUGCUCUGAAGGGGUAAAGGGCAGUCCUUGAUUAAUCUGUGACCACGUACACAAAGACAUCAUCAAACUCAUUAGGUAGACUGUGAGUUUAUAAAACUAAAUGACCUCUCUAAAAAGAGCUUGGGGGACUUCAAAUUCAGCCAGAGGAUAGUGUCAGUGAGCACGUCCAGCUGAUCCCAAGAGCUGUUUGCAGGUUUGGAAGACAGGGACGGGAAAAUGCGAUGAGCUGGCAUCUCCCUGUGUAGCUGUGUCUGGAAGCAACAGCCAUUUGUUGGCUGAUGGAUUAGAAACCAUCAGUGGUUUGAAGGAUUAAACUGGCUUUUGUUUUCCCAGAAAUGCUGACCAUUGAGAAGCUUUAGAGUCUUUUUUUUUCUUUUUUUUUCUUUUUUUUUAUAAGAAGCUUUGGAGUCUUCUUAGGUAGCUUAGAUGAGGUUAGUUAUGCUUCAUAAGGAAAAGGGCCUUCAGUAAUUAUUUUUUCUCCUUAAAUUUUUCAAUAAUGGCUCUUAAAAAUAACUAAAUGAGUAAAAUACGUACAUGUGACUAAAUGAAUAAGAAAGACAACUUGGAUUCUUCCAGAACAUCUUUUCCCUUGGGACAAAAUGCCUAGGACUAAGUACAACACGUUCUUAGGACUUGGGAAUCUCAAGAAAAGAUGAAGGGGUGGGGGGACCACAGCGUUCAAUCUUCCUUCUGCCGGUGGACAGUAGAGGGGGAGAGAGAGUCAGCAUCUUGCUGAGAUGAGCAUCUCCUGUCUCCUUACCCCUCGUCCAGUAACAUCUCUAACGGUGAGACUUUUCAGAUGGCAGAGACUUCAUUGACAAUAAGUCAGCCUGCCUGGUCAGUAGGUAGUCUUACCAGCCUGAAGAGGAACUCACAUGAGAAAGCAGCUUGAACCAAGACCUGGAAGAUUGGCCAAGAUUGAAAGUCCCCAUUCAGACAAAAAUAUCACCACCUGACUUGCUUCUGAGAAGGGAGUUGAAAAGCUGAGUCUCCAUGGAGAGAGUGGUGAUUUGUCUUUGAUGUUCCCUUAACUCUUGUGGAUAUAAAACCAAUCUGUCCCCUCCCCAGUUCUUUUUUUUUUUUUUUUUUUUUUUUAAAACCUGGAUUCUUGACAAUGCAGAGCAGUUCUGAGCAGGCACAAAGCCCCCCUCUCUGCUCUUGUCCCCGUCAGCCCCCCACCCCCAUGAUCUGACUCACAAUCUCACCAUCCUUUGGGUUCCCACCACCAGUCUCUAUCCUCUGCUCCAUGGAAUGUAAAUACUGUAUCAUACGUAGCAAAAAAAAAAAAAAAAAAACUUCUUUUGUUUUCUAAAAAUGCAUUUGGAGAUAGGUUAAUGUAAAUCUGACAGGAGCAUUCCGAAGCCCCGUUAGGAAAAAUUUUCAAUGGUUCCUCUUCAUCGCCUUAAUGUCUAAAGAUCAGAAAUCGCUGAGUAACCGCUUUGGUUUCCUUCCCAGAAACAAUGCAAAGCAACAGGUGGAGAUAGUCUGGUCUUUACCCUGCUGUGUGUGCCUCUGUAGCUCCUGCUGACACACGUCUGGGACAACAGCCUCACCCCACUCCUCUCUUCCCCGUCCCCUCAUAGCUUUAUUCCUUGCAUUCUUUGGGUCUUCUGAGCAGUGGGUGGUGAGGUGACAGGGGAGGAACCAGCAGUUUGUAGCCUAGGAGCUGCCUCAAUGCCUCUCUCAGAAAACAGCAAAGGGUUCCUCCCUCCUCACUCGGGCCUGAUCCAUCGUGCCCUUGACUUUGCUGUCCCAAAGGUUCUUAGCUGACUUUGGCUUUCGCAUUUGUUCCUCCCAGAGCUAACUGAUAAGGGUGGAGGAGGCAAGCCUCCUCCUUCGGGUCCGUGGAAAGACAAGAGAGUCACAUUCUAGCUUUUGCACAAGGCACUCAUGGUCCAGAAGAGGUUAGGGAAUGGUCACUUCUGAUUUUCCAAGAGUCAGUCCUUCUCUGCUGACAUCUUGAUUCCUUUGGGAAGGCAAGAGUUUUUCUUAAUAACAAAAGUCCCUUCAUGUGUUAGUUCUUCCUUCAGUUCUUCUCGGGAGCGCUGCCAAAUGGAUAGGUGCGGGAACAGUGCUCUGGAGGUGAAAACAGUUAGAACUGGUUCGUGGGACGGGGCGGCUUGCUCAGGAGAGGGGAUAAUGCAAGUAAGUCCUUUUUCUUGGAAGACUUUUAAUAAGGCCACAAUAGUGACAUUGCCCUCACCGUGAUCCUUCUCCGAUGUGGUCGUCUUUCUUUACCUUGUGUCUUCUCUUGUAAAGAUGAAACUCAAAAAUAAAUGUGUCAAAUUUAAAAAGACGAAGAAAAAGCUAACAUAAAUGGUGUGAAAUUGCGUAAUGCUGUAACGCUAACCUACGAUAUGUAAUGCUAUCUUGUAUGUUGAAUUUGUUAAAGCACCACACAAGUGCAGAAUAAAGACUGAUUCACAUUAAAUACA